AUGUCUGACGUCUGCAGAGAUUUGCUGCGUUUGUUGGAUAGCGAAAAGCAUUACGACACUCUUCUCUGCGUGGGUGAGGAAGGGGGACACACAAAAGAGUUCAGAGUGCAUUCGCCCAUUCUGUGUGCACGUUCAACUUAUUUUGCUGCUGCCGUCAAUGAAAAAUGGGCAACGAAAGAAGAUAACAAGUACAUUCUCAAUAAACCAAAUGUGACUCCUGCCGCUAUGGAUUUCAUUUUGAGAUAUCUAUACGGUGGUGUUGUCGACUUCACCUCACAACGCGCAUCAGUUCUUUUUGAUGUAUUGAUAGCUACAGACGAGUUGGAACUGUUGUCGUUAUUAAAUGAUGUACAGCAGCACAUGAUAGAGAAAAAGGAUGAAUUCUUGAGCGAUAAUCCGGUUAAAAUUCUUAGAAAAAUCUGGCUACACGAAGCUUUUGUUCCUCUACGCAAUGUCUGCAUCGACAUCGUAUGUAAACAACCCAGCAUUCUGUUUGAUGGUGAUGAAUUUUGCGAUAUGCCAGAGUCUAUUUUAGUGCACUUUCUUCAAAGAGAUGACAUGGACGUACCGGAAAUAGUCAUCUGGCGCAGGACUCUGGAAUGGGGCCUAGCACGAAAUCACGAGUUAGCUGCAAAAAGCAAUAUUAGCAGCUGGACUAAGGAAGAUUUUGUAACGCUAGAAAAAACGUUGCAUCAAUGUCUUCGUCAUAUUAGAUAUCAUAAUUUCGAAUUGAAAGAAUUCUGCGAGAACGUCAUGCCGUACAAAAAAUUGUUACCAAAAGAUAUUAGGAACGACAUAAUUUACUAUUAUACUCCAGAAACGAGUACGCCUCAAUGGAAGCCUCGAGUAGGCACGAAAGAUUGCGACUCUUUUAUCAUAAAAAGAACACAGCUUGAACUAAUUUCCUCGUGGAUUGACAAGAAUAAAUAUUUUGCGCGUAAUAGAUUCCGAUACGAAUUAUUACUUCGAGGUACAAGGGAUGGCUUCGAUAGUACCACAUUCCAUAAUCUCUGCGACUAUAAGGGGGCGACGCUGAUUGUCUGUAAGCCUAGCUCGAGCAACGCAGUCAUUGGAGGUUACAAUCCUCUGAAUUGGACCUCCAACAGCGGAACAUAUGGAAACACCAACAAAAGUUUUUUGUUUCAUAUUAAAGAUAUCGAUGACCUUGAUUCCGCACAGUUUUCUCGUGUCGGUAACAUCACGUACGCCGUGUACUAUGAUGCUUCGUAUGGUCCAUGCUUUGGCAAUACUGGAAGAGAUUUAUGUGCAAAUGAUACUAGUUGGACAUCAGGCUCUAAUUAUUACGCCGGUAUAGGAAUACCUAAUAGUUUCACUGUCCAAGAAUAUGAAGUUUUUAAAGUAAUUAGCUGA